UCGCCAUGUCUUCCCACAAGACUUUCAGGAUCAAGCGAUUCCUGGACAAGAAUCAAAAGCAGAAUCAUCCUGUUCCCCACUGGAUUUGGAUGAAAACUGGUAAUAAAAUCAGGUACAACUCUGAGAGGAAGCAUUGGAGAAGGACCAGGCUGGGUCAAUAAGGGAUCGCACACAAGAUGGCACACAAGUUUAUGCUGCAUGAAGGUCACGUGUUCCUAUCCUAUUACUCUGUAAACAUCACAACCGCCUGAACAAUGGAUAUGUUUUAUCAGGAAAAUGAUUUUUCUUUGCUACUGUGCUUCUGCACCAGUGUGUUCGUUCAGUAAUAAAUGAGACAU